AUGACUGAUUUCUGGAUUUUAAUUUUGAUCUUCAGCACCAUGUGUACAGUCCAACCUGGUAGACGCUGGGUUACUGCACAAUCCCUCACAGAGUCACCAUUUUUUCAGCCUGAUAAAGAGCUCAGUGUGAAUACCGGGGACUCGGCUACUCUACAGUGUUGUAUUUCUGAAAAAGAAGUCAGGAUGAUUGCCUGGGUUAAGCAACCAAACAGAAAAAAACCUCAGAUUAUAGUCAGGGUAUAUAAAAGUGGUGGAGAAACAUUUUUCAAUGGAUUCCAAGACUCUCAUUUCCAAAUAGAAAGAUCUUCAAACUGCCACAAUUUGACAAUUUUAAACAUCAUUCAGUCUGAUGAAGCCAUGUACUACUGUGCAGUGACGAGACCCAACCUUACGUUUGGAGAUGGAACUUAUUUAAAAAUUAAAGGUGAUCAUGUUACUAUUGCAUCAGAAACAUCUAAACCAGCUCUGUGUGAUAAUUCAGUGGUGUAUGAACCAACACUGCAUGGAAACAGCACUAACAUGAACACACACGAGAAAACAGUGCUCGGUUUGGGAACGGCUUUGGGUUUGUGCGCACUUCUGAUUUUCUGUCUCAUUUAUUUCAUACUGAGGAGAAGAAAAUUGAAAGCUUGUAUAGAAGAUUCUCCAGGAAUGAAGCAGGUACGUGAAGCUGAAGCUGAAACACUGAAUUACGCAGCUGUGCAAUUUACCAAGAGGAAAGCCAAAGAUGAAAAAAAGAAAACUGGCUCAGCAGAUGAGUGUGUGUACUCCGAUGUGAAAAAAACUGUAAGAUGUAACAGAAAUAAUUCAUAACACAU